CGCUCGCCCCGACUGAUAGGUCCGAACCGUCAGCGCAGCGGUGAAACUCGGGCGCCGUCCGGCAUGGAAAUGUCACACAAACAUCGGUUUCACAGAAACAACGCCUAAAGGAGAUGUUUUCACAGCUUCACGGCACGCUUUCCCUCAAACCAUUUUAGUUGUGAUGAUUUGGGAAUAAGGCUGGCAAACAGAAAAAGCGGACUGCCCCACAGGACCAGGAGAAAGACUCAAAGAUGAGGCUCAGUCAUCACAUCCUCAACACUUGAGCUCAUCCCCAUGCAAGAGACAAACAGCAUGACAAGCUCUGGAGUUGCAGCUGAGAUGGAGGAGCAAUAUUCAGAAGGUGAAAGCCACAAACCGGUGUCACCCUGUGUGACCUCACAGUUAGGAGAUGGCAGCACCACAAAGGAGCAAAGCCAUGACUGGAAGCCAAUGCAGAAGGAGUCCCCAGAGAGCCCUUCAGCAAUAAAACGAUGGGAGAUCGGUCCGCUUCUACAGUCAUUCAAAUCCAAGAUGGCUAGCUUCACUGAGAUCGUCAUGAGCCCUGUUCGGCUUUUUAAGCCCAGUGACUCUCUGUCCUCAAUUGCACUUCCUGAACAGCAUGAACCAUUGAUAACGCAGUCAAAUGUUGAAAAUUCAACCCAGAUUGAGGAGGGAGAGACUGGUGAUGAUAAAUGUAGAAAUGGAUUGUUUCCAAAAAGGCCUUCUUCAGAAAAGGCGCAGUGUAACACUGCUCCAAAACGCCACAGAGUUGCACAGAGACUGAAUUUUUGUACAAUUUCGACAAGUAACAACCACAAGCCAGUAUUGGAUCAUAUUCAAAUGCACAACGAGGUUGCACCAAAUGAAGAAAAUCAGAUAGACUGUCCUUCAAGCCAGUCACAAGCCGUCCUUCAGGAUGUGACUCAUGUUGCCAGUCCUUUCCUCAGGACUAGACCAAAUCUGUCCACAGACAAACCUUUGAAUUCUGCAAGUGCCAUGCAUAUGUCUAGUGAAGCCAACGCUCAAACAGAUGCGGUUGUUGUUCUGCAUCAGCUGUCAGUUGAGAGACAUGCCCUUAGAAAUGACACAGCCUGUGGAUAUAGUCCUAAAUCCUGCUCUUUAGAAGAGGGAUCAAACCUAAUGAAACCAGAAUCAAACAACAGCACAAACAAAACUUGCUUAAACAAGCCUAAUCCUGGAGCCUCCUCUUUUAGCACUUCCUCUAAUUUUGAUUUGAUAGAUAAAGACACAAGCACAGGUGGUUCGUCUGGCAGUGAAGAAUCCUAUUCACGGGUGUCCACCAGGAAGAGCCCUAGAAAGAAACCGUCAUGGACGGCUGAGCCCACCUCCACUGAAUUGGCCACUUUUGUGACAGGAUCAAAGCCUUUGGGUGUGGAGAUGAAGGAAUUACAGUCUAAAAAAGUUAUGGAUUGGACACACCACUCGACUGAAAUAUCAGACCCUCCAAAGAGCUCUACUGUCAGGGAAGUGAGAGCAAAGAGAAGCAGAGAAACUCCUCGAAUAAAGAAAGACUUGCAGGCAAGGAGGAAAUGUGACAUGCAAAAUGCUAAGGGAAGACCUGCGAGAAAUAAAAAGUUAAAAGACAAUGGCAUCUCUCUGGAAAUACACCAGGAGGAUGAAACAUUUAUUGAGGUUAGGAAAAAGAGGAAAGGGGUUUCUAUGAUGCACCCGCUCCAAGACUCAGAUGUGCCCGUCUGUAGUGGUAAUACUGCAGAUGUUGAGAUGAGACAUUCUGUAGAGACCGCAGAAGAAAUGGGACAGGACAAGAUGAUAAGUCGGUUGAGAAAAAAUGUAAAAUGUCGGACGUUACUGACCCCCAGCAAUGAAGUUGAUGCCACUGAUGCUACACCCUCUCAAAACUGCACACAAAAUGUUUCAAUUAACAAGAGUGUGCACGGCAAUGAUAUAAAUAUCAUGAAUGGUCCAUCAGAAUCUCCAGGAUUUCAGCACCCUACGCAGCCACAAGAGCCUAAGGCUCGAAAAACAAGACUGUAUCUCAAAGGUUCAGGUGAUGCUUUGCAGAAGAGAAACCUUCGUCCACCCAAGCAUAAGUUAGAGGAAUACAGCGUAACUUCAGUGGUUGAUCCAGCAGGACCAAGUAAACCUUCAAAAAUAACACUACUGCACCACCAACAGUCUGUUACUGUGGCUGAGGAGCAGGUAACAUCUCUUCCUGGACUUGAAUUAAGAGAAGAAAUGAAGGAACUUUUGUCACCUGAUUCAACAGCUCCAGUGCAUUUAGAAAGAAAACUAAGCAGACCCCUAAAGAAUGUAAACCGAUCAAGAAGAAAAGAUGUUUCCAUUGCAAAAAGAAAAGGAGCAAUUGGAGGCGAGAAUGAAGCAGAGAGCCAAGAAAAGGCAUCAGAAGCCGUUCCAGUAGUGUCGUUGUCAGGUAGCGGUUCCAACCGCCUCCUGCGCAGCUACUCCUGCCCUGAAAUCCCGUCCCUAGUAUCCAGUGACUGUCAUUUACCCCGGUCCCACACGCAUGACAACAGCACUACCUCACCCAGCAGAAAGAGCUCACCCACUCAGCUUCCCAACCACCAUCACUCUCCGUCCAAGCGCACUCGCCGGCACACCGUCUGCAGUGUGGAGAUCGAGCGAGAAAUUGCCCCUUUGUGUCUCCGUAAAGAGGUGUACCCUGCUAGUCGGGGUACUCCUUUGUCCCCCUCUUCCCCUUACUCUCCCUCCACUUCUCUCACAGCCUUAGCCUCAUGUUUUUUGUCCAGUCCUUUAGCAUUCUUGUCUAAAAGCUCAAGCCAAGGGCGUAGUCAUGCUAACGAUGCCAGUGCUGGCAGCAUUUCAGCUGCCUCCAGUUUUGUUGCAUCAUCAUCAUCAUCAUCAUCCUCCUCCUCCUUCAGUUCCCCUUUUACUUCCACCCUCACGUCCUGUCACGCUUUAACCGGCCUCUCCUCUGUUGUCACUCCCAGCCCUGAGACACCUUCUGCCUCUGUGUCAUCACUCUGCAGUGCAUUCUCUCAGAGUUCUUUGGAGGGAGACCAUGGGGUGCUUCAGAUGGAGUGUGAGGAGGCAAUAGAUGAAGAAGAGAGAUCCAACUUUGACCUUAAACUCUCUGCGGCCAUCUCAGAGGAGAAAGCAUUAUCAGACUCUGAAAUCAAGACCGACAUAAAGGAUGGUCAGCGAGGAAAGGUGUCCUCUAUUCGUAUCCGUAAAAAGAUUCCAAAGCCUCAGAAUAAUCUCACCCCUAUGGGCCUUCCUAAGGUCAUCAGAAUAAAGAAGAAGGAUUUCAGCUUGGAGGAAAUCUAUACAAACAAAAACUUCAGCAAACCUCCUGAUGGACUGACUCAUGUACAGAUGGCAGAGAUGGAGGACUGUGAAGGGGUGAUUGCGACAGAGCGUUAUGGCUCACAGGAGUCUUGGAAAUACCUGUUGAAGGACAGGAGGAUGAAGAGACAGAAGGAUGCUGUGGACGGCAGCCUGGCGGGAAAUUCAAUCUCUGGCGUGUUUAAAAGUGUUUUCCUGCCACAGGGAUAUCCUGAGAGUGUCAGUGAGGAUUACUUACAGUAUCAGCUCUGGGACACUGUGCAGGCAUUUUCCAGCUCUCUGUCUGGCACACUCGCUACUCAAGCUUCCCUGAGGGGUGUAGGUGUUGGAAAUCAAGAAGCUACAGUUGCAGCAGCUACAAUAACAUGGCUGCUUAGGGAUGGAACAGGGAUGCUGGGAAGAAUCCUUUUUGCCUGGCUCAAAGGGAACAAGUUAGAUUCAGAAGCCAAAAAAUGGAGGCUCUUCGCUGACAUUCUUAAUGACGUGGCGAUGUUCAUGGAGAUUGCAGCCCCUCAUUUCCCUCCUUUUUUUAUUCUAAUCGUCUGCAUUGCUGGAAUAUUUAAGUCCAUUGUAGGAGUUGCUGGUGGAGCGACAAGAGCUGCAUUAACUGUCCAUCAAGCUCGCAGAAACAACAUGGCUGAUAUCUCCGCUAAAGAUGGGAGCCAGGAAACACUGGUGAACCUGGCAGGACUACUGGUCAGCCUGGCACUUAUCCCACUUGUAACAGAUAACCCAUUGUUGACAUUCAUCCUGUUCUUCCUGUUCACUCUUCUCCACCUGUUUGCCAAUUACAAAGCUGUUCGGUUUGUUAUGGAAACCCUUAAUGAGGCUCGCUUGUCCAUAGUCCUCCAUCGGUACCUGCUGACUGGUCAACUGCUCAGUCCAUUGGAGGCCAAUCAGAAGGAGCCUGUGUUCUUGUCACUUGGAAGGACAGUUCCCAUCAAGUUGGGUGUGAGGCUUGGAGACAUUGUUCAAGAGCCAGGAGAACUGCAGCUGGCGUUGAAGAACAACAGCAAACCGUAUCUCAUUGGAAUCAAAAAUGGUACUGUCUGUGUUUGUCUUGGAAGUGAUGCUUCUGUGCAUGAUGAAAUAAUGGCAGCAUGUCAGGCCUUGUGUCUCCGUAAUGUGUUACUCAAUGAUUCCUCUCUGGGUGGUGCACUCAAACAGCUCUCAAACACUAAGGACCCAUGGGAUUUAAUAUCACAGAGUCAUAAGAUGAUUGAUCAAAUUUUCCAGACAUUUCUAAAAGAACUGGAUCAAGCAAAGUGGCAGACAGAUCGGACACUAUUGGACUGGAACGAGUGGCGCGUGGAAUGGAGGAAAAAGCGAAGCUGAAUCAAAUUGUUAUUAAAGAAAUGGAAAAUGUUUUUGUUUCCACUGAUAUUCACUUCGAAACAUCUGUCAGUUUUUAAUUACUUGCCAAAACUCAACCACAGAACUGAAAGAUUUAUUUCAGUGUCAUAAAUAUAAACUGUACAAAUAAAAACAAUGAGGACAACA